UUAAUCCGCAGCCCUGGAAUGUCCGUGGGCCAAUCAGCAAGGCCCGCAAGGGCACCCGAGGCUGUGAGGACCCUGCAAUGAUUAGCAGGGGCCACGGGGUCAGUGCACACCGCCUGGCUGCCCAGCCUGACUCCUCGAGAUUGUGAAUAGCUCCGUCCAGCCUGGGAAGCGAGAGCCGGACGCUGGUCGGCGGAGCCAGGCUGCUCCCAGAUCGCCCUGCAGACCCAUGCUGUGGCUGGAGCCCUCCUCCGGGCUGGGGGGCCGCGGGCCUGGCCUCCUGCCCGUGCUCCUGGCUCUGCUUAGCGUGGCCUGGGCAGAGGUGCGGCCGCUCCAGCUGCGGGAGGAGCAGGCGCCAAUGCCCGGAGCCCUGAGCAGGAAGGAGGGUUUCCUGCUCCUCUCCCUGCACAACCGCCUGCGCAGCCGGGUGCACCCCCCUGCGGCCAACAUGCAGAGACUGGACUGGAGUGAGAGCCUCGCCCGACAGGCUCAGGCCAGGGCAGCCCUCUGUGGCGUCCCAACCUCAAGCCGGGCGCCCACGCAGGCGGCCACUUCACAGGUGGGCUGGAACGUGCAGCUGCUGCCCGUGGGCGUGGCGCCCUUCGUCCACGUGGUGGGCCUGUGGUUUGCGGAAGGCCAGCGGUACAGCCACGAGGCGGCUGGGUGUGCCCUCAACGCCACCUGCAGCCACUACACUCAGCUCGUGUGGGCCACCUCGAGCCAGCUGGGCUGUGGGCGUCAUCCCUGCUCUGGGGACCAGGCCGGGAUGGAAGCCUUUGUCUGUGCCUACUUUCCUGGAGGCAACUGGGAGGUCAACGGGCAGCCAAUCGUCCCCUACAAGAAGGGCGCCUGGUGUUCGCUCUGCACGGCCAGCGUCUCGGGCUGCUUCAAGGCCUGGGACCACGCAGGCGGGCUCUGUGAGGUCCCCAGGAACCCCUGUCGCAUGAGCUGCCGGAACCACGGACAGCUCAACGUCAGCACCUGCCGCUGCCUCUGCCCCCCUGGCUACACGGGCAGAUUCUGCCAAGUGCGGUGCAGCAUGCAGUGCGUGCAUGGCCGGUUCCGGGAAGAGGAGUGCUCCUGUGUCUGUGACGUCGGCUACGGGGGAGCCCAAUGUGCCACCAAGGUGCACUUUCCCUUCCACACCUGUGACCUGAGGAUCGACGGAGACUGCUUCAUGGUGUCUCCAGAGGCGGACACCUAUUACGGAGCCAAGAUGAAAUGCCAGGGGAAGGGCGGGGUGCUCGCCCAGAUCGAGAGCCAGAAGGUACAGGACAUCCUUGCCUUCUACCUGGGCCGCCUGGAGACCACCAACGAGGUGACCGACAGCGACUUUGAGACCAGGAACUUCUGGAUCGGGCUCACCUACAAGACCGCCAAGGACGCCUUCCGCUGGGCCACCGGGGAGCACCAGGCCUUCACCAGCUUUGCCUUUGGGCAGCCUGACAACCAGGGGUUCGGCAACUGCGUGGAGCUGCAGGCCUCGGCCGCCUUCAACUGGAACGACCAGCGCUGCAAAACCCGCAACCGCUACAUCUGCCGGUUCGCUCAGGAGCACAUUUCCCGGUGGGACCCAGGGCCCUGAGAUGUUCGCCAGGCCUCUCCCCUGCCACUGCCUGGAGGUGCACCAGCCCCGCCCACCUGCCUGCCUGCCUGCCUGCCUGCCUGGAACCCGGCCAGGCCAGGACCUCAAUCCCAAUACCCAAAGAGGUCUCAGACCUUGCAGGAAGUGGGGCAGGGCCAACAGGAAGCCUGGCAUAGGGAGAGGGGAGGGAGGCCCCCAGCCUGCUGUUGAUUGGGGAGAUGGGCCUUACUCAGGUGCUGAAACCAGAGCCCCAGAGAGGGGUCCGACGAGCCCACGCUUCUCCAUCUGGGCUGGACCCUAUGGGGCAGGCGGAGGUUCCUCGCUGCCCGGAAUGCACCUCACCAGAGAUUAAACUAAGUUAUGAAACA